AUGUUCUCCCUCCAGUCCUUGUUUUCAGCUAACCUCUUUUCCAUAAGCCCUCGAAACUCCUCUCUACGAAAAAUCAUAAGCACGGUUACUGCCUACUCAAAUCCUAAUGCUUCUUUCUCGGAUGACCUGCACGCCGCAUUUUUCGGCCAUCUGAGCAAUUAUUCCAGCGUGACAAUCGAGGGUUCAGUAGAACUGAAUUCCGAAAAGCUGAGGUUGGACUCAUGGAUAUCUUCUCGCAUUAGCGGCAUCUGUAGAACUAGAGUUCGGUCCAGCAUUCGUUCAGGAUUGGUGUCUGUCAAUAGCCAAGUCAUCAAUAAGGUGACUCACGUAUUGAGAGAUGGGGACGUGGUUAAUUGCAAGAUAGAGUUGCAGACUUUCAGGGCUGAACCAGAAGACAUCCCGUUGAACAUAGUUUAUAGACACGAACACGUACUUGUUGUCAACAAGCCUGCUCACAUGGUGGUUCAUCCUGCACCCGACAAUGCAACAAGGACACAUGUAAAUGAAAAUUUUCACCACUGCAGACUUUCUACUGUAUGUUUCAGUCCAGAAGCGCUGACUGAGACUGAUGAUUCAGGAGAUGAGGUCUGUGCCUUUCCUGUACAUGAAGGUCGUAAUGAAAAUAAUGAUUUUGGCUUAUGUGAGGAAUCUGUACGCCUUGAGAUUGUCCACAGACCAGAUAAAGGGACUAGUGGAUUGCUCGUCGUUGCAAAGGAUGAGCACUCUCACACCGAUCUAGCUGAACGGUUCAAGAAAUACACGUUAAAGAGAGUCUAUAUUGCUAGUCCUGGACUAGUCGAGAGCAGGUUAGGCGACCCGUCGGAACGACACGAGUCGUGUCUUACGCCACACGACUCGAGUGAGUGGGAGCUCGAAACAACGCUUUAUUCGACGAUAUGA